AUGCUUCAGGAAAUCAUCAGUCCCUUCAAGACCGAUCGAUUCAAUGAUUUGAAAUCCAUUUGUGACCAUCUUUUUGAAGAUGAUGAUGGUGUCAAUGCCACUUUUCCCGCACCAGCUCCUGCAAACACGUUCUCCAGGAGUUCAAGCUUCAGCAACCUGUUACUGACGGAGGGUUGGAGCGAACUGGCCCUAAAAGUCGACAACUUGGAGGACAUGUUGGUGUACGGCGCUAUGUACGACUCCCUCGAUUCCGGGUGGACGAUGCCUUCGGCUUCGAAUCAAGAACUUGAUUUCAAAGUGCCGACCAUUGAUUAUGACAGCAUUGGUCUGGCUUUUAGUCAAGACCUUGAUUUCGAAGUGACGACAAAGCUGGAGAUGGUGGAGCAGGAGCUACAGGCGCCAGUCGAGAAGACACAUUAUAAAGGAGUGAGGAGGCGGCCGUGGGGGAAAUAUGCGGCGGAGAUAAGGGACCCCAAGAAAAACCGGGUAAGGAUUUGGCUCGGAACUUACGAGACGCCCGAGGAUGCGGCUUUGGCCUAUGACCGGGCAGCUUUUAAGAUGGGGGGGUCCAAGGCCAAGGUCAACUUCCCUCACCUCAUCGGCUCGGCCGAGCACGAGCCUGUCAGGGUCAGCCGCAAGCGUUUGUCUGCUAAGCCUAGCCCGCCAUCCACGUGCAGCGAUGAGGACUCGAUGACGAGAAUGAAGAGGAGAAAGAGAGAGAUCGAUGUGGAUGCUGAGGUGGAAGCUCCAAAGACAUUGUCUUGAUCAAUUUUCAGAAGCAUUUUGCUGAAGAACGGAGAAUUUCUGAACUUUAGUGACCAGCUCCA